AUAAUUUAAAAAUAUACGGAAGGAAAUACUGUUCUUUCUAAAUGGGUCUCUUGAAUGCAAAUCGCAGCAGACCUUGCGCACGGCCUCGAUUACAUCCACCAUUGCUCUGGUCUAGAGACGGGCUUUACCCACAACCAUAUCAAGAGCACAAGCAUCAUAAUCGCCGAGGAUUCUUUCAAUGCCAAAAUUUGUCAUUUUGGCACGGCGGAGCUUUGUGGGGAAGUGACGAAAACCAACAAAACCGAUUCCAAUGCAAAAUCCCUUGUGAGGACGGGCAGCAAAGUGAUGAGGAUUGAAGGAACGAGAGGGUAUAUGGCACCGGAGCUUCAAUUUAGCGGCAUGGUGACGCAGAAGUGCGACGUGUACGCAUUCGGUGUAGUGUUGCUGGAGUUGUUGAGCGGACAGGAAUCCUUGAGAUACGUGGUUGACGAAGAGAGCGGUGGGUAUAGCAGGCAGAGUGUUAUAGACUCGGCGAAGGAGGUAGUGGCGUAUGGAGUUGGAGGGGUGAGGAAGUGGGUGGACAAAAUGCUGAAAGACUCGUAUCUGUUGGAAGUGGUGGAGAAGAUGGUGGAGUUGGCAUUGGAGUGUGUGGAGGAGGACCCCGCAAAGAGGCUGGACAUGGGGCUACUCCUGAAAUCCCUCCCAAAUCCCCCAAAUUGGGAGGAUUGCAAAUCUACAGAGUUGAGAGUGGUUGAAGGGAGUCCGAAUCUGUCAAUCUCUCUCCCCUUCUGUCUCUUUGGAAACCCAAACAGAAGGAAGGAGACAACCUCCCCUCACUCCCCCUCACUCCUUCUCCCUUCUCAUCCAUCCCCAUCCCUUCCCCUCUCUCUUUGUCCCACACCUCCAAUCCAAACAGGGGCUAAGGGUUGGAUACCCUUUGUCUGCAAAAAUCAGUUGGAGGUCGGUGAUGUACUCACAAUCUUCAGGGAAAAAGACGAAGCGGGAAUCUGGUAUCGGAUUGAGAUCGAGAGAAGGAGCAAGCCACUUCCUGCUUUGUUUCAUGACCUUGGAGAGCAGCAGGUGCCAAUAUUUCCGAGCAGUAAUGUCAACGGGGGAGUUGCAGACAAUAAUGUCAAUGUGGGGGUCGUUGCAGCCAACAUCCUUACCAUCAAACAAGAGAUGCAACUUGCCCCUGCAAAUGUUUCGCCGAUUGCUCAGAAGGCUGAAGAGCUCAGUCUGAAGCCAGAUGACGUGAAUUUAAGGUUGACACUGGACAAGGGUCCACAAACACCCAUGUUUGUGUUGGAAAUAAAGAUUUGGGAGGAAAGACUAGAGAGGAACACAGGAAGAGACUUUCUAGAUAUGCUUCCUUAUUCUUGGCUUGGAUGUAUCGAUGCUCAAGUACAAGCACAAGCCAUUUUAUAGGCACAAAACACUCCAAACCCAAAACAGUUAAAUGCAACUCCUAGAAACUGUAAAGAUAAAAUAAAUGGGUACAUGAACU